AGUAGUUCGUAUCGAUCGUUGGACUCUGGCAGCUAUAUCCGCUCGGACUUCACGAAUCAGCCAUUUACAGGCAUAUAUGAGCCUGGUGGUCCAACAGAAGGCCCGCUUCGAGAUGCAUCAAACAUUGGAGCUCCACGCAUAACACCCACCAUUCUCAAGGACCACUUAGAUCAAUUCGUCGUUGGACAGGAGCGGGCGAAGAAGACUUUGGCUACCGCAGUAUACAAUCAUUACCAGCGUAUACAGGAGCUGCAGCGGCGCGAUGAAGAGGAGCAAGAGGAAGCUGCCGCCGAAGAGCGACGGCGAAUGGCACAGAAUCCAAGACAUCCUGUAGAAGACGAGUUUCCUGGUCAGCAACAGACCACAAUACACGUAUAUCCCCCCAAUUCGACUCACCAGCGAAGACCUUUGCAGCACAAUGGGCCUGGGCCUCCGCCGCCUUUGCACGAUCCAACCCCGUUGAAUGUUGAAAAGAGCAAUGUGUUAUUACUCGGGCCAUCAGGCGUAGGCAAGACCUUGAUGGCGAAGACAUUGGCAAGAGUCCUGGAAGUGCCGUUUAGCAUGUCGGACUGCACGCCAUUCACACAAGCAGGAUACAUCGGCGAAGAUGCCGAGGUGUGCGUACAGCGACUGCUUGCUGCCGCGAAUUACGAUGUGACCAGGGCUGAGCAAGGCAUCAUCUGUCUUGAUGAAAUAGACAAGAUUGCCACCGCGAAGGUGUCGCACGGGAAGGAUGUAAGCGGCGAAGGAGUACAACAAGCUCUCCUCAAAAUCAUCGAAGGUACCACAUUACAGGUCCAAGCCAAACAGGAACGCGGUUCCGAAAGUCCGCGCAAAGGUCAAGGCUCUGGCUACCCAACGAAUAGCCCUCUGUCAGGCGGGAAUAUGAGAGAUCAAAGUGGAGGCGGCAAAGGCGAAGUGUAUAACGUGAAAACGGACAAUAUUCUUUUCAUCUGCGCAGGAGCCUUUAAUGGACUGCACAAGAUGGUUUUGGAUCGUAUAUCGAAAGGAAGCAUAGGCUUUGGGGCCACAGUUCGGGCAGCACCAGGAUCAUCUGAAAGCAAUGCUCACGAAACAGUGCUGGAGGGCGAGGACGAGCUCUUCGAAAAGCACCUACCAUAUUACCAACCCCCAGCGCCGGCAGAAGACGAACACGCUGGAAAACCGAAGAAGCGGACUUUCAACACUCUCGAUCUCGUGGAACCUCAAGACCUGCAAAAGUAUGGGCUAAUCCCGGAGCUCGUAGGGCGAAUACCAAUUUCCUGCGCCCUCUCAUCGCUAUCCAUAGAAGCUCUCGUAAAAGUUCUCACGGAACCCCGAAACUCGCUCCUCAAACAAUACCAGCAACUCUUCGCACUCUCAUCCAUAGAAUUACGCUUCACGACUCCAGCACUCCACGCAAUCGCCACAACUGCCAGCAAGACUGGGACCGGAGCCCGAGGUUUGCGAACCGUCAUGGAACGACUCUUAGCGGACGCCAUGUUCGAGACUCCUGGAAGUGGAAUCAAAUACGUGCUCAUCAAUGAAGAUGUGGCGGAGCGUAGAUCUGGUGCUGUGUACUUUGCGAGAGGUCAGCAGAUACAGUUCCGAAACGUGAUUUCCGAGGAAGAGGAGGCGUGGGAGGAAAAGAAACGAAGGGAUGAAGGUGCUUCGGAGUCGGAGUUCGAAGCUAGGGCGAGGAAUAAUAGUAUUGGUGGCGCUGCCAAGACGUUUGAAGAGUACAGAGAAAAGGCAAGUGCAGCAGGCUUC